AUGGCGGAGGCCGCAACAGCCGGAGCGAUGCCUCUCCUCCCCGGGAUCCCCGAUGAGAUCGUCAUCUGGGAGGUUCUCGUCCGCCUGCCCCCCAUAUGUCUCCUCCGCUGCCGCGCCGUCGCCCGCUCCUGGCGCCGCAUCACCUUCGCCCACGAUUUCCUCCUGGCGCACCACGGUCGGCAGCCCUCCCUCCCCAUCUUCUCAGGAUUCAGCGGACGCUACCAUAACAUCCUUACCUUCGACCACCAGGCCGCCGACCCCCAUCUCCAACCCGUCGCCCGGCUUGACAAUGACCAGAGCUUAUAUGUCGAGACCUCAUGCGACGGUCUACUCAUCCUCUCCACCGGUAGCAAGAAUGGUGACCACUUCUACGUCUGCAACCCAGCCACGCGUCAGCAUGCUCGCCUCUGGGGACCGCCGGACUUCAGACUAUUCACCCUUUUGGGGAUGUAUCCACACCGCCCUACCAACGAAUACAGAGUAUUAAUGUACCGGAGGAGCAACGACGAGUCGAUUGUCGAAAAUCUGCUGGCUAAUGAUAGAGUUGGCUUCUAUAUCUUCACGCUCGGCUCCGACCGGCCAAGGUACAUUGAGGGGCUAGAGCCGGAGGCAGCGGAAGAUUUGCUAUGGGACACACCUGCCCUGGUCCGUGGGAGCUUGCAUUGGUCUCCAAGGAAGCAUCAGACUGAAAGCAGCCUGAUAUGGGUAUUUGACACCACAGCUGAGUCGUUCCGGCAUAUACGUGCUCCAUGUGAUCCCACUGAGUCAUAUUGCUUUGAAAUAGAUGGCACACUUGGCAUCUAUCGCCUUAACGAUGCAAUGCAAAUUAUUGACAUAUGGGUGUUGCAAAACUACGAAGGUCAAGUCUGGGAGUACAAGUACCGGAUUCAAUUGCCGGAAGAAGAAAUCAAAGGGCUGUUAGGAUGGAGGAAAUAUGAAUUGCAAGUGACCGUGCUGUCCUCGGAUGGUGACGUCCUCUUGCUGCUUGCUCAUGGACAGUGGCUGUUUUACGUUGACACUGAUGGCAAACUGGUUGACAACUUCCUUCAUGAUGGGCAACUAUUAAAUGCUUUUCAAUUUUCUCUCAAACAAACUCUUGUUCCGCAUAACUUCUUCACGGCGCUCGAAAGUUAUGCUGUGAACGCUUCGCCUUUCAUCUGA